AUGGUACUGUGUUUCUCUCUGUCUUUCUCUCUCUGUUUAUGUCUGUCUAUCGCCCUCUGUCUCCCUUUCUCUCUGACCACCGUGUUAAUGAACUUUCAAUUCAUUAUCUUGGCUAAUAUCUAUCAAUCUCACUUUGUUCCUCUCUAUCUAUCAAUCUCACUUUGUUCCUCUCUAUCUAUCAAUCUCACUUUGUUCCUCUCUAUCUAUCAAUCUCACUUUGUUCCUAUCUAUCUAUCUAUCUAUCUAUCUAUCUAUCUAUCUAUCUAUCUCACUUUGUUCCUAUCUAUCUAUCUAUCUAUCUAUCUCACUUUGUUCCCCAUCUUCUAUCUCACUUUGUUCCUAUCCAUCUCUCACUUUGUUCCUAUCUAUCUAUCUAUCAUCUAUUCUAUCUAUCUAUCUCAUCUGUCUCAUCUUUAUCUAUUUUGUUCUAUUCCUAUCUAUCUAUCUCAAUUUGUUCCUAUCUAUCUAUUUCUAUCUAUCUAUCUCACUUUUGUUCUAUCUAUCUAUCUCACUUUGUUCCUUCUAUCUAUCUAUCUAUCUAUCUAUCUAUCUCCUUUUCUAUCUAUCUAUCUACCUCACUUUGUUCCUAUCCAAUUUGUAUUCAUCUAUCUAUCUCACUUUGUUCCUAUCUAUCUAUCUCUAAUUUUUGUUUCUAUCUAUCUAUCUAUCUAUCUAUCUCACUUUGUUUCUAUCUAUCUAUCUAUCUAUCUAUCUCACUUUGUUCCUAUCUAUCUAUCUAUCUAUCUCACUUUGUUCCUAUCUAUCUAUUUCACCAGCUUAGCCUAUCUAUCUAUCUAUCUAUCUAUCUAUCUAUCUAUCUAUCUAUGUUUGUUCUAUCUAUCUGUUUAUCUUUUAUCCAAUCUACUAAAACACAUUGAUCUCUCUAUAUAUAUACAUGUAUGUUUAUAUAUAUAUAUAUACUGUUUAUAUCUAUCUUUAUAUCUAUCUAUUUAUCUAUCUAUCUAUCUAUCUAUGUCUGCUUCUAUCUAUCUAUCUAUCUAUCUAUCUAAGUAG